AUGGUUAUAAUAAUUACUUUUAAUCUUGUCUUUUUUCACGAUAAACUACCUCGAAGAAUUAAAUUUCAACCAGCACAUGUGAACAUUUCAGAUAUUAAACAAUAUCGCCUUCGAAAGGAUCGCAGUGAAAUUUUCAGGAAUGCUGCAAUGACAUCAGCGAAACUAGAACAAUUAUACAAAGAACUUGAUCAGUUAAAUGCGGGGACUCACCCGAAGUAUCUUGAAAGAUUGAAACAGAUCGAGAAAGUUUACGAGGAACAAAAGGAACGUGAGCAGAUAGCUCAUGAGCUUGCUGUGGAACGUAUAGAUUAUGAGUAUAAACGACGGAAACGGCAAAUACAAGAAGAUUUGGAGCGUAAGGAAAAGGAACUGGUACAAUCUAUGCUGGCGGAUUUUGAUGAGAUGGAAAAACGAAUAGAAUGGGAGUAUACCAACAUGGAAGUAUCGCGUGCUGGUUGUUCGAGUUCUUUGGAUUCUACAAAGAAGACAUUAAGAGGACGUGGAGGGAUCUUGAUCGAACCGCCAACGUACUUUAAUGCUACUCCCAAACCGGCAACUCCAAAUAUCACACCAGAUACAAGAUACUUGCUCACUGAUUCUGAAAUAGCUGAAGAUGUUCGCGCAUUUUCAGGUGAUAAAAGCAGCCCACAUAAGAUUCAGCGACUUUAUGAAGUGAUCUUAGUGAAGCAGAAACUAACAUAUGAUGGGAAAGUCUACAAACAAGGUGAAGAAGUGCAUGUGGAAAACUUGGAAUACGGUAAAUUCCCAGCAAAAAUGGACUGUAUAACGGAUACCGUAGUGUCUUUCAAAUCUACUCUUCCCUGGGAUACGAGACAAAUCCAUGCAUCGUAUUCUGAUCUAACUGAAGGACGGGUGCAAAUUGCGAAGAAGCGCAACAACUAG